UGAAUUUUAUAUAUUUAAUUUCGUUUUCUUUUCCCUUCUAAACCCUAGCCCUUCCUCGGCCUUCCUUCCUUCUUCUUUUUCAUCUGUUGCCCUCGCCUCUUGCAGCGCAAAAAAUGGCACCGAAGAGGGCUGUUGGAAAAGUUUCGGUAAAGAAGAAGCCGGAGAAGGUGGUGAAUCCGCUAUUUGAGAAACGUCCGAAGCAGUUUGGAAUCGGUGGGGCAUUGCCGCCUAAGAGAGACCUUACUCGCUUUGUCAAAUGGCCCAAAGUUGUUCAAAUUCAGAGGAAGAAGAGGAUUCUGAAACAGAGGCUCAAGGUUCCACCAGCUUUGAAUCAGUUCACCAAAACCCUUGACAAGAAUCUUGCAACAAACUUGUUCAAGAUGCUUUUGAAGUAUAGGCCAGAGGAUAAAGCACAGAAAAGAGAGCGUCUUUUGAAAAGAGCUCAGGAAGAGGCCGAAGGCAAAUCACACGAUGCCAAAAAGCCUAUCGUUGUUAAAUAUGGUCUCAAUCAUGUUACCUACCUCAUUGAGCAGGUCAUCAUUUAUUCCAUACAUGUGAAAUAUUUCACUCUUUUCAACUGCAAUGUUGUCUGCAAUCAGAUACACUCCCUUUAUCUUUUAACAUCCAUAUAUUUCGUACUUCAUACUCAGAAUAAGGCCCAGCUGGUUGUGAUUGCACACGAUGUGGAUCCAAUUGAGUUGGUUGUAUGGCUCCCAGCUCUGUGCAGAAAGAUGGAAAUUCCAUAUUGCAUUGUGAAGGGAAAAGCUCGUUUGGGAGCGAUUGUCCACAAAAAGACGGCAUCAGUCUUGUGCUUGACAACCGUGAAGAAUGAAGAUAAGCUGGAGUUUAGCAGGAUCUUGGAAGCCAUUAAGGCUAAUUUCAACGACAAGUACGACGAGUACAGGAAGAAGUGGGGUGGUGGAAUCAUGGGAUCCAAGUCCCAGGCUAAAACAAAGGCAAAGGAGAAAUUACUCGCCAAAGAAGCUGCUCAAAGGAUGUCUUAGGUAGGUAUUGGAGUUUUCUUUUAUUACUUCGGAAGAGUUUUCUUUUAUGAGAAAAAAUCAGACACCAAUUCGUUUUGGUAUGUAGUUUACUUCAACAGUAGAAUUUGGAAGUUUUGUUUACUUAUGAUUGCUUCUGUAGUAUUCUCUCCAUGUAAGCCUCCAUUUAUUUUAGUUUUACUCAUGAAUGUUUAAGUCUACUGUCUCAAAUGCUCCCUA